UUUUUUUCUAAUUAUUCAUCUAGGUGAAAUUGAUACAUUAAAUGAAAAAUAUCAAGCACAAGCAUCUAUUGAAGCUCGUUGGCCAAUGGAAUUAAAUAAAUUAUCUUUACAUCUUUCAAAUGAUGAUCAAAAACGUUUAAUUGAUGGAAAAUCUAUUUCACUUUCUAACUAUAUACAAACAAAUUGGCAUCCACAACUUUAUAUUGAAAAUACUUUUGGUGAUUUAAAAGAACAAAUAAGAUAUACUGCUAAAAAAUCAAAAGAAAAUAAUCAUAUAUAUAUAUGUGAACAUCGUGAUAUCAAAGGUUUAUUUUGGGAAAAACUUGAACUCCAUCAUUUUCCAUCAGAUGUUCAAGAUUUAUCAAUAUCUAUUGCAUCAAUGUUUUAUGAUGAUAAAGUUAUUUUAUUAGCUGAUCCAAAUCAUUUGAGUGGUGUAAAUCGAGAAGCAUUUGUUGAUCAACAAGAAUGGUCUCUAUAUGAACAUGUUGAUACUCAACAAAGAUUUAUUAAAGAAUUUAUUUUUGAAGAUAAUGAUGAAGAUGAAGAAAAUGAUGAAAAUAUUCAAUUAAAUUAUAAAAAUAAUAAUGAAAAUCGAAAACGUUCGAUUUUAACAGUUACUUGUCAUGCUGCUCGUCGUUCGAAUUAUUUCUAUUGGAAUGGAUAUAGUCUUAUUUUAUUAAUAACUUUGGCAUCUUUUUGUAUAUUUGCUAUACCACCACAUUUUACAGGAAAUCGAAUUCAAAUCUCAUGUACACUUCUGUUAACUUCAAUAACAUUUCGUUGGACAAUGAAUCGAUCACUUCCGACUAUUUCAUAUUUAACAACAAUGGAUAAAUAUGCAAUAAUGUGCAUAUUUCAUCUUGUUAUUCAUUGUAUUUGGCAUGCUAUUAUUGGUUUCCUCAUAUUUAGAAAUACAAGUGAUGCAGUUGUUACAUCGAAAACAGGGUUAGCAAGUUUAGAUCGGUAUGCUUUUUGUAUUGGUAUGAGUAUUUUCAUUGGUAUUCAUAUUAUAUGCCUUAUCUGGCUGAUUUUUGUGCCACUCAAACAUCGUAAAAACAUGGCGAAGAAGGAUAUUCAAUAUGGUGUGUCAUUGU